AUGAACUCUCAGCAGAAGGAAUGGCAGAUGCGAAGCCCGAUUCAUAACCACUACGGAAACAUAUUGGAGGAGGUGAACGAGCACUCCACAGUCAUUGGCAGAGUAGGGUUCACUGUGCUGUUCAUCUUCCGGAUCCUCAUCCUCGGCACAGCCGCAGAGUUUGUGUAGGGGGAUAAGCAGUCCAACUUCGUGUGUAACACCCAGCAGCCGGGCUGCGAGAACGUCUGCUACACCCACGCCUUCCCCAUCUCCCACAUCUUCCUCUGGGUGCUGCGGAUCAUCUUCAUCUCCACUCCCUCCCCGGUCUACGUAGGCCAUGCCAUGCACCACAUCCGCAUGGAGAAGAAGCAGAAGGAACGAGAAACAGAGGAGCUGUACCAGCAGAUCAAGGGCGACGACAAUGAGAGGGGGCCCUUGCCCCCCGACCAGGCCAGCAUCAAGAAGAGUAGCAACAGCAGCAGAAGCACCAAGAAGUUCCGACUGGAGGGGACCCAGCUGAAGACCUAUAUCUGCCACAUUAUCUUCAAGACCCUGUUUGAGGUGGGCUUUAUCAUGGGCCACUACUUCCUGUAUGGUUACCGGAUCCUACACCUCUACCACUGUAGCCAGUGGUGGCCCUGCCCGGAUGUGAUGGACUGCUUUGUGUCACGGCCCACUGAGAAAACCAUCUUCAUUCUGUUUAUGUUGUCGGCCUCUGUGUAUCUCUUACUCAAUAUUACAGAAAUGAGCUACCUGGGCCUUAAAGAGGAUCCGGUCCACCUUCACGAAGCGGUAGAGCAGCCACUGGGGGAGAUUACAGAGAAAUCCCUCCAGUCCAUUGCUGUCUCUUCCAUCCAGAGCUACCAUCUCCUUGAAGAAGAGAAAAUCGUUUCCCACUAUUUCCCUUUGACUGAGGUUGGCCUGAUGGAGACCAGUCCACUAUCUGCUAAGCCUUUCAGUCAGUUUGAGGAGAAGCUCGGCACAAGGCACCUGGGGGACUUGUCCCAGGUUUAUCGAGAGAAGCUGCCAUCCUAUGCUCAGGUGGAAGUGGGGGAAAAGAAGCAUCCUGCAGAGGAAGCAGAAUCAGAGACAGGAGAGAAGAGGCAGAAAGCAGAGAAGGUGACCACAGAAGGUCAGGAAGCAGUGGAAGACAAAAUACAGUCCUCCGGGGUAGGGAAGGAAAAUAAAAAAGAGCUGCAGCCACAAAUGGCGCCAAAGCAAGGGCUGCUGGCUGAGAAGAUGCCUUCCCUGUGUGCAGAGCUGACUGAGGAAGACACCAGACCCCUGAGCAGGCUCAAAGCCAGCAGCAGGGCCAGGUCAGAUAUCUAA